GACACACACAACUAAUUCUGAAGUGAGCUGCUCCCCAGCACUCUGCCACUCCAGAGCUUGAUCAGCCAUUGUCUUCUAAAGGAAGUUGCCUGGUUGAUGACCCUGAGAUGAAGAACAGCCUCGUGCUUGCGGUGUUCCUGUGGGCUCUCUGGCUGCCACUGGUGCUUCCCAUGGACAAAGUGACCAUCCCAGCAGCACUGAAGUCAGCUGUGGUUAAAGUGGCCGUGAACAGCACGCCCUGCAGCGUUACCUGUGGGCUGGGGGUCAGGCUGGAGGAGCUGUGUGAGAUCACACCCGCUGGAGAGAGGAAGAAUUGCACCACACACACCUCCAGCUGCCUGACUAACUGGAUCUGUGGCUUACUGCACUUCACCAUCCCUGCAGGCAAACCCUUCCAGAUCAGCUGCCUGACCUCAGAUGUGAUGGGCCUUGGUAGCCAAGCCUAUAAGUACACAUGGAGGCUUGCCCAGGGCCUUGUCACCACCAAUGAUGUGCUGUUCAACCCUUUCAGAAACCCCAGCCCUGAUGUCAGGCUUUCCCCUGCCAAGGAGUCUGAUGCAGGGACCUACCGAUGCGACGUGCAGAUGAGAAAGACAUUCAAAGUCAUCAAGAGGGUCUACUUUGGGGUCAGAGUGAUCCAAAGUGACUUGGUGGAUCUCAACUUUCAGAAGUCCUUGACUUGGGAACAGAAGUUAACAGCAAACAAGGAGAAAGGGAACACAGAAAGCAACACCUGGGAGGAAGCGAAAGAGCAGCAGCUGUUGUGGCAGGAAUUGCUGUAUGAAUGCUUGGUAGGGGUUGGAAGUGGGGUGAUUGCAGGUGUCUUGGUGAGUGUGGCUGUCUACUUUGUGCAGAAGAAGUUGAGAAGGAGAGCUGUAGAAAACCAAACUGAGCUGUGACUUGUGUCUGUGUCUCUUUAGGAGUGGUGCUGCACAAUGGGAUGGUGACUGUCAGGUGGAGAAAUUAAAAGUACCCAGUUUAUUAGCAAAUCUUUUCUUAAGCCUCAGAGUCUGGUAAGUCAGUCCAGGGCUGUCAAAGCAGAGCUUGUAGUGUAGAAUCAUUCCAGCUGAAAGAGACCUUUAAGCCCAUGGGGUGCAGCCUCUGUCCCAGCCCUAUCAUUCACCAGCCCAUUGCCCUCAGUGCAACACCCACCCAGCUCUGAAACCCCUCCAGGGAUGGUGACUCCAGCAGCUCCCUGGGCAGCCCCUUCCAAUGCCUGACAGCCCUGGCACCAAAGAGAUUCCUCCUCACAUCCAGCCUCAACCUGAGUCUUAACAGAGUAGUGCUGGCAGUAGCUGCAGGGGGCAAAGGCAGUUUGCCUCCCCAUGUGAAAGGAUGGUCUGGGAUGGUCCAGGAAGGACUUAAAGGACACUGAGGCACAGAAAACUGCCUGUUGCUCACUGCUGCCUUCCUGUGCCCCUCUAAUGGGCCUUUAUUUUAACUCCAGCUGUUUGGGGUUGCUUUUAUUUGGGUAAUAACUUAAUAAUCCUUAUUCCUGUCUUAUUU